CCCCCGCCGAUCAUGCAACUGACUGGCCGCUCCCGGCUUCGCAGCGACGUCCGGCGUUCCCAUCGUAGGGCACCAGCAGCGCACUGUGUGGCGAUGGAGAGGAAGGAGACGAGCAUCGUAGACCGGCUGGCUGCUGGCUCUCCUCCCGGGAGUUAUUGAUCCGUUAUUGGCUACGGAUGAAUCGCGAAGCAGGAGUUCAGGAAACAGCACACGAUCGCGGACGAGGAAAAUGGAAGCAGCCCCGGAAUACUCACUGUUCCUGGUGCGGAUCUUGGAGGAAUUGGACGCGAACCGCGGCACGGUCUCCUACCAGGACCUGUGCAAGCUGCUGUGUGCCCGCUUUGACCUGACCCACCUGGCCAAGCUGCGGAGCCUGCUGUUCUACACCGCCUGCCUGGACCCCAAUUUCCCGGCCACCCUCUUCAAGGAGAAACUGCGCUGCAACGUGGAGAACACACAGUCCAAGAAGAUCAUGGUGGCGGCCGACAUCGUGACCAUGUUCAACCUGAUCCAGAUGAACGGCGGGGUGGCGAAGGAGAGGCUGCCCCACCGGCACCCGCACAAGGUGAGGAAGAACGAGUCCUUUGAGUCGUGCCGCUCAGACACCGAUAUCUGCCGGCAGCGCUCGUCCGUGUACGCCUGCGGCCACGACCCCGGCUCCGGCUCCGGCGAGCCCGCCGCCUCCAGGCGCCCCAGCAGUUCCGACUGCAAGGACAGCCAGCGCUUCAUCUGCACCUCCGACCCCAACUUCUUCUUGGGGGUCAGGAAUGAGGGGACGCUGGAGCAUAACGGCAGGACCACCUCGCUCGACAGGCUGCAGGCUUCCCCUACUUUUAACGGGAUGGACCCCCAGGACUGCGUGAUGCAGUCCACCUAUUUCCCCAUGGACCCCGGGCAGGAUUCCAACUCCGACCAAGAUUCCCCCACCAGGAAAACCGACAGGAAUGGGGCGUUUGAUUCCAGCGACGAAGCUUUGACCAUCAGCCCGUGUGGGGAGGCGAGCAACGUGUUCAACAGCGAACUCGAGGACAUGCUGCCCUGCGUGGGCAAGUUGGUGUCCAUGGACAAGGAGUCAGAAGAUGAAGACCAAGAGCCAAGCAUCCAGAACCACUCCUCUCGCUUCUCCACCUUUUUCAGCAGCAGCUUUGAGAUGCCCUACAACAAUCCCUACUGUGAUACCAUCCCGUCCAGUAGCCACGAGAAAAGGUACGUCAAGCACGAAAGUUUGGACGAUCUGCAGGGUUCCACCUACUUUGGCCCAAGCACCAUCUCUCAGGAGCCCCGCAACCUGGGCAAGCAGACCAAGCCGCCUCCUUGGCUGCUGAAGAGUUGGAGCCUAAACGCGGAGCAAGCGGAGGACGGGGAGAAGUAUUUCAGCGAGGGCAAGGGCCAAGGUCAUCAGUAUCAGGGAACGACCAAGGAGGAUCUGGUGGCCGAGGCGCGCCAGAGGCAAGCGGCGGCGGCGGCAGAGGCCGUCAGCACCAUGGAGAGGGCUAAAAGCUACUUCCAGCAGGCGGAGGAGACCGUGCGCUUCCCUCCGCCCGCCGCCGACCCCUCUGGCCUCGCCAACCCCAGGAAGCUGAAGGAGAAAGGCUACAAGCUGUCCAGCCUGGAGCAGACGUCCAACGUGAGCACCCAGACGGAGCAAGCGGCCCGGGGCCGUGCUCAGCCUCAGGGGCCCGGUCGCUGCCCCCGUCCUAAGCCCGGAGACAAGGCGCCUGUCCGGCAGUCGGACGAGGAGUCGGAGGGACUCAGCGACGACAUCAGCGAUAUCUUCAGGUUUCUGGACGACAUGAGCUUGAGCGGGUCGACGGGGCUGGUGCAGUCGUGUUACAACAGCAGUGGCUCGCUGUCGCGGCUCCCCAAGGCGGAGGGCGGCAGUCCCGAGAGGACCCCGACUAAAGCCAGCUCAGCCCAGACCGACUCGGCCCAGAGCCACCGUCCCAGCCAGGCCGCGGACGAUGAGCUGAAGGCCAGCGUGUGCAAGCUGGUGCUGAGGGUGGGCGAGAUCGAGAAGAAGCUGGAGGGCCUAUCCGGGGUGAGGGACGAGAUAGCCCAGGUCCUGGCCAAACUCAACCACUUAGACCAGAAGAUCCAGGAGCCGCCCGCAGAUCGAGUCUCGCCCGACAGCAACGCGGACAGUCUCCGCGUCAAAGCCCUGCGCAAAAGUUUGUUCGUCCGGAGAUCGUCCAAGACCCUCACCGAGGAGAACAGCGCGACCGAGUCCAAGAUCGCCAGCAUCGCCAACUCGCCCCGGGACUGGCGAGCGCUGGGCUGCGCUGGUGAGCCGGGCCACGCCAAGCGCCAGGGCACCGCCGAUAGUAAGGACUGGCAACACAAGCAUAGAGAGGGGGAUCGCCGCUGCGUAAUUUCACAGUCACAUCGGUCGUCAAAGCCCGGGAAAGACUCCCUUUUAAUCGAGCAGGUCUUCAGCCCUCACAUGUAUCCCAAUUCCAUGAAAUCUCACAUGAAGAACAACCCGUUGUACACGGAUCUCCGGCUGACCGAGGUCCUGGAGCAGAAGCAGCCGCAGCCAUCAUGGGUCAUCGAGGAGUACAACAGGACCAGUGACAAGAAUCAAGAAUCUUUGAAUCCGAAUAACUUAGAGUACUGGAUGGAGGAUAUCUACACUCCGGGAUAUGACUCCUUGCUGAAACGGAAAGAGGCAGAAUUCAGACGGGCAAAAAUCUGUAAGAUUGCUGCCUUAAUCGUAGCAGCGGUCUGCACAGUGAUUUUGGUCAUUGUGGUCCCAAUUUGCACUAUGAAAUCUUAAAGUUUUUAAUAAUACUUGUAUGAAAGCAUCCGAAUAAAUGUCUGAAGUCUCAGAUCAGUACAUGCAUUUGGGACUGAUAUUUAUCACUGUUUUAACCUUUUGUGUGCUCUAUACAUGGUCCACUGGAUCAGACCGUAAGGUUUUAAUCUUCACCAGUGAGCAACAAGUUAAAAUGUUUGCAUAAUCUUCCUCCUCUGUGCAGUGUUUUACUUCAAUUACUGGAAACAAUCAGACUGAUGACUCCAUCAGACAAGGUACAAGAGUACUGUGUCGGGAUGGAGUUAUCCAGUUUGCAGGCAGAGAGUCAAAAUGUUGAUGGGAUGCUUAACUGAACAUGCUGACAAUGAAACAAGGUACAGGGUACUGGGAAAAUAACAACUUGAAGAUAAUUGCCACUUUUCGCAAUGUCUGAGAUCAGUUAUAUUUUGGCAGCAGAAUUCAAAGUAGAAUCAUUUAGGCUGACAUUUACAUCUGCUGCAAAUGUUAGGGAUUGAAGCAGAGGCUCCGUCUUUUAUAUUGAUCUUCUCUGGGGCGUUUCUGCCGUUGCUGGUGGGAGUUUCACCUGUCAUGCUGGGUUCAGCCCCUCCAAACCUCAAUGUGGACAAACCCUUGCCCUCCACAGAAGGGCAGCAAAGUGUGGUCACCCUGCAAACAGCUUCUUGUGACGACAGGGACAACAGGUUCAUUUGGUCCCCAGGACUCUGCAUCGACCACAGACACAUCUGGUUCACCUGCUAAUGAAGUUAGGUUCUAUUGGAACCAGUUUGUGCACAUUCACUGCACGUGUGCAUCUGUCACAGAAUGAGAAACAAAUCUGACAAUAAAACCCUUUGGGUACAUGCGAGUACAUGCCAAAGAUAGACACAAAGUGCUGGAGUAACUCA